CAUGGAGCACUUCCGUGACAAUCCCAGCCUUUGGUCCAUCGACGUUGUCAAUGAAGGUUCGUCCGGCCCAGUCGCAUGCGCGUGUGAACUAGUUAUGUAUGUAUGUAUGUACAUUCAUGCAGUCCUUUCUGACGACCAGCCCAUCCCGAAGCAGCCCAGGCUGAGAGAAUCCUACUGGACUAAGAUGGCCGGUAUCGACGACUGGCCAGCUCUGGCGUUCAGGUGUCUUGAACACAAGGAUGGACGCGCAAACCACGUGUAUGUAUUUUUCCACACAGAAAAGCCAAGCAAAUAGCUAGGAACCGAAACAAACUUCGGUCGAUCAUGAAUGAGUAUGGAAUCAACUCCGUUGCGCGACAAGGGGUCAGAAUGCAAACCUUCACGCAACAGCGCGCAGUCCAUAUCCGGAUGUAUGUGUGUAUGUAUGUAGGGCUGGCGGAAGGCUGACGCCAUGUACCACUAUUGCCGGCAGCUGCGCAAAAAGGGGGUGCCUGUGGACGGUGUGGGUGUGCAAGCCCACAUAAACAUUGCUAAGCGCGACUUCCACGGUAUGUAACCCUCCACGCCCUCAUACAAGCGAGCAUGUCCGGACCCUACGCGAGUGUACGCCGCAUAUAGGUGUGCGGAAGCAGUUCAAGCGCUUGGGCGAGAUUGGCCUGGAAGCUCAGAUAACUGAGGUAACUCACGGCAAAUUGCCCUAAUUCGACGUCUUGCUUUCCUUUGAUUGUACUCUCCUUUGCUCCUCCAGCUUGAUGUAUCUUGCGGUCACUGGCACGGCAGCCGAUUCAAAGCAUGCGAUGGCAUGAACGACCUCAUGGAAUUCAUGCAGAUGGGCACAGACACAUGCAGGAAUGGGCACUUGCGUGCACGUGCCUAUGUGUGCACAUAUGCGUCUCUCCAUGAUUCUAUGUGUGCAGGUCGAGGCAUACAAGGCCAUGGUCCGCGUGUGCAUGGACGCGGCCAACUGCACAGGUCACAAAUUGACACAUGCACACGUAAAAGCAUUUCAUAAACAUUUCGUCCAGGUGUCGGCGUGUGGGGCGUCUCCGACGAUGGGUCUUGGCUACAUAGCGAGUCGCGCAAUGAGACGCCGCUCCUCUUCGAUUCCAGCCUGAAGAAGAAGAGGGCCUUUUAUGGCGUCAAGGAAGCCAUGCAGACGUGAUCUGCACUUGUAUGAUUGUGAGCUUUGCUUGGAUUGAUAGAAGACACCUCUGUGAUCCGUUCCCUGGCCCGCAUCCGGAUGUUGCAGUUCUGACAAAGCAGAACCGCAUUAGAAUUAGCUGCAGAAAGUCCUGCUUCUAGGGGAGGCGUCGUAGGAGAGGCGGGGCACGUGUUGCGAGCCAGUGGGAUCUAGGGUUUAGGUCAGUUCAAGUCAGAAUAUCUCCCGACAUGUACGACACAGAUGCAUCUAGGAUGCAGUAGGAUGAGUGUUGUGGAUCACAUUUGACAUAUGCGGGAGAUGCUCUUUCCAUCGAUGCAUUCUUGUGUCCAG